AUGGCUACUUCGGUUCCACCGAGAUUCUGCACCGAUUACGCAAAACGAGUUGCGAAGUGUCAAAAAUGUAAAAUGCAGUUGGAGAAAGGGGUCCUCCGUAUGGGGAAAAUCAUGCCAAACUUUUUUGUCGCGGCAAAGGAUCCUAGCAAACCACCACCAGAUAUGAAGCAAUAUUUCCACAAGGAAUGCCUUUUUGAGAUGCUUUUCAAAGCAAGACCAACCACAAAAGUUAUCGAUGAAACAGAAGAAAUUGAAGGGUUUGAAGAUUUAAAUGCGGAGGAUCAAGAUGAGAUUAAAAAAUUGGUUGAUGAGCUCACUGAAAAGAGAAGUAAAGAUGGACCAGCUGAACCGAAAAAGACGCCUUCAAAGAAGAAGAGUGAAUCCAAGGAAGAAGUUGAAGAAACGCCAUCAAGAAAAAGGAAAAAUUAUGAGCCUGCGAAGAGCAAACGACCAACGGAAUUCAAUGAAGAAUCAGAUUACAAUUCGUUCUACAAGUUCCUCAAAGUUUGUUCAGUGAUGAAGGACAUCAGUUCAUCCUCUGAAAAAUCAGCCGUCAUCACGUCUAUGCUUCAGAAAAAAGGAUUUGAUGGAGAUCUAAUGCUCUGGCUCUCUUUUCUCAUUCGCGAAUCCGAUAAACGGGAUUACAAUGUGACUGAUGAGAAGCUGGUUUCAUAUUUUGUCAAGAUUUUGGACACCGACGAGGCAAAGAUUCUAAAGUACAUAUCCAAGAGUAACGAUGUUGCACUGUCGAUUGCUCAUGCUCACGAGAAGAAAGUGACAAACGAGAAGUCGAAUUGGAGUCUUCAAAAAGUGGACCGAUUCCUCGAAAAGCUGGAGACUCUUAAAGAAGACGAUGAGAUCGUUAAGCAUCUGAAGUUUGCAGCGAAACGAUUCCGUCACGACGAGCUAGAAGUUUUGAUUCGAUUGAUUCGAAAAGAAUUGGAUACGGGAGCAACUGCUACGGUGGUACUCAAAGGAGUUCAUUCCACAGCGCCGAACAUUUUCGAAUCUGAUGGACUGGAUAAAGUUGUGGACAAGUACUAUAAUAAUGGUUUCGAAGAUUCCAAAAAGUCUACAAGUUCUAAGAAAUCCGAGCCAAAGGCCAAGAAAACGAAAAGAGAAGAGGGGUCAGAUGAAUCUGAUGCCGAAGAAAGCGAAGUGGAAAUGUCAGAUUCGGAAUCAGAAGGGGAAGGUGACUCUGAUAGUGACACAGGAGAAGAGGAGGAAGACAUCAGUGGAUCUGAUUCAGAUGAUGUAUCGGAAAUUUCAUCAGAUGAGGGAGAUGAAGUGAAGGAGAAUUCUCCGAAAAAGGUGGCGAGAGGAACAAGAACUCGUCCACGUGGCAGCAAUGGAAACAUCGUCAAGAAGGAGGAAUGCCCACCAAAUAUGGAGGCGUGCCGGUGA